AUGGCGAUAUUCGAUCUACCUUACGAGAUCCUCGCCGGCAUCCUGUCCUUUCUCGAACCUCAAUCAAUCAUCCGCUUCGGCCGGACAUGCAAGGCCGCGUCUUUAUCAAUCGGCCCGCAAAAUCAGAUAUUGUGGAAAUCUGCAUUCCUCCACGUUUUUGAUGAUCCAGAUGAAGCGUGGUCCAUGACGCCUGGCACGCCGCCAUUGACAACCGCGCGGGGUUUCGACUUUUAUACCGAGCUUUCCCGCCGAUUCAGCGCUCUCCAGGCCGUCCGGAAGAGGUCGUGCGGCUCCGACGACCGUGCUGAAGCGAACAUCCAAGCACUACUCAGCAUUCUUGACACGGCAAAGUUCACACUCAAUGCCCGCGACAUUGCGGACGGCAAAGUCCCCCUAGAGGAUGAUCGAUAUACGUCGUUGAAUCUCCAAAUUCUAUCCAACCUGGCCGAAUGGCGACAGGGCAUCGAAAGCCUCAUCAAUGACACGCCGUUAAGCUCGUCGUCGCGUCCCAUCACGAGGAGCAUGACCAUCCACGAGUUUGAGAAGUGUCGAACUCGAGGUGCUUCGCGACUGCACGUCAUGUACGGCCUUACCAACUGGGAACGCGUGGACCACAAACCUCGAGGAGCCGCCAGAAGGAAAGUCUAUGACUGGAACCUCAUAGGUGCGGACAAUGACUAUGCUCCCUUCCUGCGAGAUGGCAGCGGCAAGGUCGAUUGGUCUCUCCUCGAGGGCGUUGCGACCGUCAUGAGGCUCAACUUCUCCAAGUGCGUCGACCAGAUCGCCGCGCCAGAAGGCUUCUGCUUUUCCCUCCCUCACCGCACCCUGGUCGACCCGACCACCCCGGGAGACUGGGCGCGAGCGACGGGUCCUUGGUUGGGAACAUAUGCAUUUCUAGACUAUGCCGACCUUUGGGCCUACAACCACCCCGAUGAACAGGCCGAGCCGCGGCUGACUUUGGAUGACGAACCCGAAGACUGCGGCGACCUGAUGAGACUGACACUCAAGCUGGACCCGUCCAUCUCGUCUGACCCGCGCCUGCAAACCAAACUCCCGAUAAGCACCGGUCUGCCAGUGCUUUACUUCUCGGGUCACUCUCGUGGUUAUAAUGGGAUGCGCCGUCUCAUCAUUGCUGUGAGAGGCUUUGCUUGCCUUGUGCCGGGCUCGCGAGAGGUGCGAUGGAGAUUUCUCAUCAAUUACGGUGGUCAAGAUCAGUGGCUGUUGGAAGGUAUCCAGCCAGGAGGUGUUCGCUCAGGCGGUAUCUUUGGCAUUUGGACGCACUGCGACCACGGAGUCCACACUCCAUCAGGACCGUUCUGCUAUUUUCCAGAAGAACUCUGCAAGUCCACCAGUGUGGUGAUCGCAGCUCGAUAG